AUGGAGUCGUCAGUAGUGGAUGCGGGGGAGGACGACGACGAUGUGUACUACGACGAUAUGGAGGAGUACGAUUAUUACUGCAACAAUGAGGAGGCCAUCAGUGAUCACCAGAUGGACAGUGGUCUGCAGACGAGUCGCAAGAAUAUUGAGUUCUUUGACUACGAAUGCAUCUCCCAGGAACAGGCCAAGGCGAUCAUCAACAGCGCCGUUGACCGUGUUGCAAGUGCCAUCAAGAUAUCGCCUUCAAUGGCCAAGCUUUUGUUGAUCAAAACACAGUGGAAUGAAGAGGAGGUUAUUUUCAAUUUCAAAUCAUCAGAUGUUCACUGCUUCCUCGAAGAAAAGUGCAUCAAGCCGGCUCACAAGAGGCUCGAUUCACCAACAGACUUCAGCGUUGCUGCGCUAGGAAUCGACUCACUCAUGGAGCUUAGCUAUUCCAAGUUCGCCGAGCACGCCGACUUCCCUGAGGAACUGUCGCGCAGUUUUCCAACGAAGCUGCUCUGCGAUGUCUGUCUUCAGACUCACCUUGUCAAAAACCACAAAGCGCUGCUUUGUGAGCAUAACUACUGCCAUGACUGCUGGAAGACCCACCUCCUCCAGAACAUCUCCAACGGCCAGGCGACCAGCAUUGAGUGCAUGUCCACUGGGUGCAACACUCUGGUGCAGGAGGAUUUUAUUGGCGACAUUUUCAGUGGAACUAUCGUUAUGGAGCGCUACGAGAAGCAUGCAUUUCGCGACUGUGUCAACUCUAAUCCGUACCUACGUGCCUGUAUCGGUCCCGACUGUUCAGUGAUCAUUCAGGCCAAAGAGGUAAAGGCGAAACGCGUCAUCUGCUCAAAGUGCCGCAGCUCCUACUGCUUCAAGUGCGGCAGCGACUACCACGCACCGACGGACUGCAAGACGAUCAAACUGUGGCUGACAAAGUGCGCCGACGACUCUGAAACGGCCAACUACAUCUCCUCACACACCAAAGACUGCCCUAAGUGCGGCACCUGUAUCGAGAAGAACGGUGGCUGCAAUCACAUGAAGUGCUAUUCGUGCAAGUAUGAAUUUUGCUGGAUGUGCCUUGACACCUGGAAGACGCAUGGAUCUCAGUAUUACGAAUGCAGUCGCUAUCGGGAGAAUCCCAACAUUGCGAAUGAGAAUGAAAAGGCACGAGAAGCGCUGAAAAAGUACCUUUUUUACUUUGAACGGUGGGACAAUCACAUGCAAAGUCUGCGGCUGGAGGGGAAGGCGCUGGAGCACAUCAAGGAGAUCAUCAAUGAGAAGGUCAUGUCGAACGCGGGCACCUGGAUCGACUGGCAGUACCUGCUGGACGCGGCGGCACUUCUCAACAGGUGUCGUAAGACUCUCCAGUACACCUACCCUUACGCCUACUACAUGGAAGCGGGCCCAAAUAAGGGCCUGUUUGAGUACCAGCAGGCGCAACUAGAGGCGGAAAUUGAGAACCUCUCCUGGAAGAUUGAACACGCAGUGACCACCAUUCGCGGAGAGAUUGAAAAUCAGAUGGACAUUGUGGAGAAACGGCGAAUUACGCUGCUCGAGGACUUUUUCGUCUAA